AACAUGAGCAAGAUCAAGAACUCUAGUUUUAUAUCGGUGUGCAACUAGUUACAUAAAGCAAGAAAUGCAAAUAUCAAUUACAAACACCCCAACAAAGUUCCAAAGUGGAAAUUCGUAGUGCCUGUUUAAAUAUUGCAAUAUCGUUGUUUUUUUCCCGUGUACCUGUUUUUUUAAGUUUGUGUAAGGAAAGUGCUUAGGCUCAAAGGACGCGGCAAGAUGCUGUUCAACAAAUGCUUGGAAAAGCUGUCCAGCUCAUUGGGAAAUGUUGUUAACCAAAAAUUACAAGAGAAACAAGUCUACAGCCAUAAUAAUAACAAUAAUAAUUUGAAUAACAAUAACAAUAACAACAUCGACAAUAAGAAACGAAACUUUGAAUACGAGCGGGCUAUUCAGGCGCAUUACGGAAGUGCUGGAAAAUGCGAAGACGGCGAUAGGAACAGGGAGAGGGGCAGAGAUAGACUUAAGUCUAAGUCAGGCAAGGGCCGAAAGUCAAAGGCAGCCACACCACCAGCACCAGCACCAGCACCUGCCCCAACACCAGCACCAGCAACAGUAACAACGAUCACAGCAAGCACUACAACGGGGAGUCGCGACUGCAUGAGCCACGAUGAGCUGGCCCUGAUCAUAAAUGGCAAUGAGAACAACCACCGUCAGCUAAUUAGACGCCGACCGGUCUCGGCCCAGGCCUCAUCCGCGCCCUCUGCUUCCACAUCUACCGAGUCCCUGCACCGACUCACCCCACCAUAUGCGGCGGCCUCCUAUCCGGCCACACCCACCUCCUGGUCGACCACACCUCCCGAUUUUCCGUCGGGCUUCGGCAGUGGGACUUGCUCCGCCAGCACCCUAGCGCUGCUGGCCAACAUGCGCGUCCAACUUUACGGAUACACAUGGUUUCACGGAAAUCUUUCUGGCAAAGAAGCGGAAAAAUUGAUACUGGAGCGGGGCAAGAAUGGUUCUUUUCUUGUCCGUGAAUCUCAAAGCAAACCUGGUGAUUUCGUUCUCUCCGUUCGAACGGACGACAAAGUAACACAUGUCAUGAUUCGAUGGCAGGACAAGAAGUACGACGUGGGCGGAGGGGAAUCUUUUGGAACACUCUCGGAGCUGAUCGAGCACUACAAGCGUAAUCCAAUGGUGGAGACGUGCGGAACGGUGGUGCACCUGCGGCAGCCCUUCAACGCCACCCGCAUCACGGCAGCCGGAAUCAAUGCCCGUGUGGAACAGUUGGUCAAGGGCGGCUUCUGGGAGGAGUUUGAGUCUCUGCAGCAGGACAGUCGGAACACUUUCUCCCGAAACGAGGGCUACAAAUCGGAGAACCGGCUGAAGAACCGCUACCGCAACAUAUUGCCAUAUGAUCACACGAGGGUGAAGCUGCUGGACGUCGAGCACAGCGUGGCUGGGGCGGAGUACAUCAAUGCCAACUACAUCCGAUUACCUACUGACGGCGACCUGAACAACAUGAGCAGCUCAUCGGAGAGCCUCAAUAGCUCGGUUCCUUCGUGCCCCGCUUGCACUGCCGCCCAGACACAGCGCAGCUGCCCUAACUGCCAACUGCUGAACAAGACCUGCGUCCAGUGCGCAGUCAAGUCCGCCACGCUGCCCUACACCAACUGCGCCACCUGCACCCGAAAAUCCGACUCCCUCAACAAGCACAAGCGUAACGAGUCCUCGCCCCUCUCCGCCAACGGCAUUGGGGGGAGUUGCGGCAUGAACGGGAGUCCGGCUCCGGCUCCGGGGACCCCCACUCUCCAGACUGGUGGCAAUUCCGGCUGCCUAGCUGGGCUAUUGAAACAGAAGCACUCCGGAGAAACGACUUACGUGGGAUCUAUGACGAUAGGGGAGCGGGAGAGGGAAAGGGAGCGCGAGCGGGAGAUUUUAAAGACGUAUAUCGCCACACAGGGGUGCCUGCUGACGCAGCAGGUGAACACGGUGACGGACUUUUGGAACAUGGUGUGCCAGGAGAACACGCGCGUCAUUGUAAUGACCACCAAGGAGUACGAGCGCGGCAAAGAAAAGUGCGCCCGCUACUGGCCGGACGAGGGCAAGUGCGAGCAGUUCGGGUCCGCGCGCAUUCAGUGCGUCUCGGAGAACUCCACCAGCGACUACACGCUUCGCGAGUUCCUCGUGUCCUGGCGGGAGCAGCCACAGCGGCGCAUCUACCACUACCACUUCCAGGUCUGGCCCGACCACGGUGUCCCAGCAGACCCUGGCUGUGUUCUCAACUUUCUGCAGGACGUCAAUACGAAGCAGAGCAAUCUGGCCCAGGCCGGCGAAAAGCCGGGUCCCAUCUGUGUACACUGCUCGGCGGGCAUCGGACGCACGGGUACCUUCAUCGUGAUCGACAUGAUACUGGAUCAGAUCGUGCGUAACGGACUGGACACAGAAAUAGACAUCCAGCGCACCAUUCAAAUGGUGCGGUCCCAGCGAUCGGGCCUGGUCCAGACGGAGGCGCAGUACAAGUUCGUUUACUACGCGGUGCAGCACUACAUCCAGACGCUGAUCGCCCGCAAGCGGGCCGAGGAGCAGAGCCUCCAGGUCGGCCGGGAGUACACCAACAUCAAGUACACGGGGGAGAUUGGCAACGAUUCACAAAGAUCUCCAUUACCCCCAGCGCUAUCUAGCAUAAGCUUAGUGGCCAGCAAAGCACCAACGACGCCUGGAGUGGGAGCAGGAUCAGGAGCUGCUCUGAUGCCGACAGCGGAGCCACUGGGCAUGACGAUAGGCAUUGGUAUGGCCGGAAACAAACACGUCUCCAAGCAGCAGCCCCCGCUGCCGGUAUCGGUCAGCCACCACAACAACAACAACAACAGCAGCAGCAGCAGCAGUGGCAGUGGCAGUGGGAGCGGCACCGGCAGUGGAAGCAGCAGCAUCUGCAGCAGCGGUAACAGCAGCAACGGCAACCUGAAUGGCCUACUGGGCGGCCUCGGAAUAGGCCUGCGCAAGUCGCACUUUUACAGCGAAUCGCUGAAGCAGCAGCAACACCAACGCGACGAGCAGGCGUCAGCAAAAUACAAAAACAUUCCCAAAGACAUGAUCGGACCACGCCAGCCGAACCAUGUGUCUUCCUAUACCGCUGCGUCUCAGGCUCAUUCGGCACCUGUGUCCGCGUCGCUGUCCGGAACUGCGCCACCGACGCCGCCGCCGCGAAAAACAUGACAAAUGAAUUUCUGAAUCCUCGUGCCCGGAAAAUCGUAAAUGCUAUCGCAAUAGACAGCCAAAAACGAACGUCACCAAUCGAAGACCGCUGAUAGCGUCCUACGCCCGCACCAACCCACACAAGACGCGCACAGAAUGUCGCCCCCCACCCCCUUUUAAUCGUUUUACUAAUGUACGUACACUAGUGUGUGUGUGUUGAUUUUUUUUGUAAUAUUUUUAAGUUUAUAUAGUUUUUUUUUAAUUCGUGUGUAAUUAUUAGUUAUAUUUGUAUGUAUGUUUGUAUGUAUUUCUAUUUAAUUUUCUCGCCCUACGUUGUAAGUGUCCCUGCCCCCACACCCCCUUUCCCAUUAAAAACUGAUGUCCUCAAAAAAUUACUUUCCUGC